CCGCCGCAGCCGCCGCGAGCCCGGACCUGCCCGCCGGAGCCGGCGGCGCAAUCUCGCGGGAUCGCUCAGCUCUCGCUCCCCGUGCGGCUCCGGAGGCGGCUGCAGUCCGGGAUACUCUCCGGAGCCGUCUCAGGUCUUGGGGGAACGGUAGGCUGGAGCGGGACGGGGAGGAGCGCUGCCUUCGAUUGCCGCCCGAGUAAUUGACCCAGAACUCAUUUUCAGGAAAAGAGCGACUUUCAAAAUGGUAAAAUAAUAAAAUGAAGAAGAGUUUGAAUAUUUUAUCUGAGAAUGAAAAGAGUGAUAAUCCAAGCCAUGUGGUAAAGUCAGGAAUUUGAAGAAAAUGGAAGUGUUUGCAUUUCUGUGGACAUGUAUUUUUCUGCCCUUCACAAGAGGGCACAGUCUUUUCACCUGUGAACCAAUUACUGUUCCCAGAUGUAUGAAAAUGGCCUACAACAUGACAUUUUUCCCUAAUCUGAUGGGUCAUUAUGACCAGAAUACUGCUGCUGUGCAAAUGGAGCAUUUUCUUCCUCUUGCAAAUCUGGAAUGUUCACCAGAUGUUGAAACUUUCGUUUGCAAAGCUUUUGUACCAACCUGCACAGAGCAAAUUCAUGUGGUUCCACCUUGUCGUAAAUUUUGUGAGAAAGUAUAUUCUGAUUGCAAAAAAUUAAUUGAUACUUUUGGUAUCCGAUGGCCUGAGGAACUUGAAUGUGACAGAUUACAGUACUGUGAUGAGACUGUUCCUGUAACUUUUGAUCCCCACACAGAGUUUCUUGAUGAUCAGAAGAAAACAGAACAAGUCCAAAGAGACAUUGGGUUUUGGUGUCCAAGGCAUCUUAAGACUUCUGGGGGACAAGGCUAUAAGUUUCUCGGAAUUGACCAGUGUGCACCUCCAUGCCCCAACAUGUAUUUUAAAAGUGAUGAGCUGGAGUUUGCAAAAAGUUUUAUUGGAAUAGUUUCAAUAUUUUGUCUUUGUGCAACUCUCUUCACAUUCCUUACUUUCUUAAUUGAUGUUAAAAGAUUCAGAUACCCGGAGAGACCAAUUAUAUAUUACUCUGUCUGCUACAGCAUUGUAUCUCUUACAUACUUCAUUGGAUUUUUGCUAGGUAAUAGCACAGCCUGCAAUAAGGCAGAUGAGAAGCUGGAAUUUGGUGACACAGUAGUUCUAGGCUCUCAAAAUAAGGCUUGCACUGUUUUGUUUAUGUUUUUGUAUUUUUUCACAAUGGCUGGCACUGUGUGGUGGGUUAUUCUUACCAAUACUUGGUUCUUAGCUGCAGGAAGAAAAUGGAGUUGUGAAGCCAUUGAACAAAAAGCAGUGUGGUUUCACGCUGUUGCCUGGGGAAUACCAGGUUUUCUGACUGUUAUGCUUCUUGCUAUGAACAAAGUUGAGGGAGACAACAUUAGUGGAGUUUGCUUUGUGGGUCUUUAUGACCUGGAUGCUUCUCGCUACUUUGUACUCUUGCCACUGUGCCUGUGUGUGUUUGUUGGGCUGUCUCUUCUGUUAGCUGGCAUUAUUUCCCUAAAUCAUGUUCGGCAAGUUAUACAACAUGAUGGCCGGAACCAAGAGAAACUAAAGAAAUUUAUGAUUCGAAUUGGAGUCUUCAGUGGCCUGUAUCUUGUGCCAUUAGUCACACUUCUUGGAUGUUAUGUCUAUGAGCAAGUGAACAGGAUUACCUGGGAGAUAACUUGGGUCUCUGACCAUUGUCGUCAGUACCAUAUCCCAUGUCCUUAUCAGGCAAAAACAGAAACUCGACCAGAAUUGGCUUUAUUUAUGAUAAAAUAUCUGAUGACAUUAAUUGUUGGCAUCUCUGCUGUCUUCUGGGUUGGAAGCAAAAAGACAUGCACAGAAUGGGUUGGGUUUUUUAAACGAAAUCGCAAGAGAGAUCCAAUCAGUGAAAGUCGAAGAGUACUACAGGAAUCAUGUGAGUUUUUCUUAAAGCACAAUUCUAAAGUCAAACACAAAAAGAAGCACUACAAACCAAGUUCGCAUAAGCUGAAGGUCAUUUCCAAAUCCAUGGGAACCAGCACAGGAGCUACAGCAAAUCACGGCACUUCUUCAGUAACAAUCACUAACCAUGAUUACUUAGGACAGGAAACUCUGACGGAAAUACAAACCUCGCCAGAAACAUCGGUGAGAGAGGUGAGAGCAGAUGGGGUGAACACCCCCAGAUCAAGAGAGCAGGACUGUGGGGAACCUGCCUCCCCAGCAGCGGCCAGCUCCAAGCUCUGUGGGGACCAGGCCAACAAGAAAGGCCAGUCGGGGAGUGUGAAUGAUAAGAGCAGUGUGUCUGAAAGUGCACGGAGCGAAGGAAGGGUAACUCCGAAAAGUGAUACCACUGAAACUGGCCCAGUGCAGAGCAACAACCUGCAGGUCCCCAGUUCUCCAGAGCCAAGCAGCCUGAAAGGCUCCACAUCACUGCUCAUUCACUCGGCUGCAGGAGUUAGAAAAGAACAGGGCACCGGCAGUCACUCAGAUGCUUAAGAAACAGGUCAUCACAUUACUAAGAAGCAGGUUUGGUUACACUGGAGGUGACAGUAGCUUCUUGUCAGAAUCACUGUUAUUUCUUCUUUUGCACUUAGGGCUGCAUUGCCUACUGUUACACUGGAAACAAUAGAUCCCGAGAAUAGUAUGACUCAGUUCGCCCAGAGGGUAAUGACAACAAUACACCAGAAAAGCAGAAAUGUGCGGGUUAAUAUUCCUUAAGUUGUGUGGGAGGAGGGAGUUAGAGGAAUCUUCAUUUUCUAUUUAUGAAGAUUCUGUUAAAAGUAGUUUAAGAUAUACUAUUUCACUUUUAUGGUAUAAAAUCAAGAUUUUUCUUUGCUGAAGUAUUUAAAACUUAUCUUUAUACCUUUUUAUAUAUUUGAAAAUAAGUUUAUGUGUAUUUUAACUUUUUUAAGACAUGCUGGAAAAUCUCUUCAGCUAUUUUGAUUGUGUUAUUCUGAUCUCAUUUUAGCACUACUUUGGUAGCUUUUACACUGAAUUUCUAAGAAAAAUUUAAAAUAAUACUCUUACAGUAUGAAAAAUAUUUGACAGACCAAAAGGUGUUAUAAUAGGAAUUCAACUUUAAAAAUCCUCUUAUCCUACCUUACCGUAAAUUUAUGAAUUUUAUAAAGUCUCAUUGUUCUGGGAGUUUCACAGAUCUAUUAUUCAGCUGAAAUAAGGUGCUCACUGAGAGUGUUCAGUGUGGAUUGUAUCAUGCUGCUUGCUGAUCCUUUUGCAUUUUUUAAAUAAAAUGUCCUGAAGGUCAGUAGAUGAAAUAUUACUCUUUUAUAAAUUAAGCCAAGUGCAAUUGAUUUUCUCCUUUUAAUGUUUCAUGACCACCCAGGAUUGUAUUUUUAUGACUAUUUACAGUUGCUUGUACUUUUGUUUUUGAAUGUUCGGAAUACUAUAAAUGCUCUGUAUUUGUGCAGUUUCUUCCUCAGAUAUUUUAUAGAAUUCCUUUCUGCAGCUAAAUAAGAUUUUGCUGAACAUUCAAAAGUGUGUUAGCAAUAUUAGUGCCAAUCAAAUAUGGAAAAAAAUGUAGUCCUGAUUUUAAGAAAUGUGUUUUAUAUAACAUAAUUUAAAAUGUUAAAGAAUUUUCUUAAUUUUGUUUCAAUUCUGUUUCCUUGAAUAGGUUUUCUGAUGCUUUUGAAGUGUUUUUCUCUAUUAACAUUCUGUUAUGAAAGCAUAAGAAAGGAAAUUAUUGUACUGUUUGGAAAAUGUUGUAAAUAUUAACUUUUCCACAUUUUUGAACUUUGUAUACAGAAACAUUGUUUUGUGUGAUCUUUUCAGUAAUAAAAUUUUCUCUGUAAGA